CCUGGUUUGCUUUGCACAGUAGCGGCACACCAACGUCAAUCUUAGAAUCUUGCCCUCCUGCGACGAAAAUCUCAAAAACCCAUAAAAAUCUCAAAGCUCGAAAAAACACAAAAAUUGGGAAGGGAAUGUGCCAAGGAUAACAAUUUGACUCCAUGCGGCGAUGCCUAGAAGGUCGACCGAAAGAGAGGAGUCGUUCUCCACCCUCGAAGGAACGAGAGGGUGUGAUUCAAUCUGCCGGCACCAGAAAUGUAAGUGAAAUGAGAUGUGCUCGAGAACCAGAACUUCAUGUACUUUAUGCUUCGCCACUAGACCAGCGCAUACCGCAGAUCAAUAUUCAGGGUGAAGUCGACCUUUUGCAAGAUUCGCUCAGAAAAGCAAAUUGUCGCAUGAAUAUCUCGGUCGGGGCUGCAACGACGAAAAGCUUCGCACAGCUUCUUACUCUUGCCCAGUCAGCCGGAAGCAUCAUCCUCCACUUGUCGGUUCAUGUUGUGAAUGCAGAGUCCAAUGUCGGUAUUGUUUUCGAGAAUGAUUUUGGGGGCGCGCAUAUCCUCUAUCGUCCACAAUUGGAGGAGCUGCUGGGAAACGGAGAGCAACUUGAGGGGCUAUCCUUCGUGUUUAUCAACGGAUGCUCCUCUGAAAGCAUUGCGGCUCUAUUGGUAGAAGCAGGAUGCCACCUUGUCAUUGCAACCCGUGGCAAAGUAUACGAUGUAGCUGCUACAGUGUUCACGCAGCAGUUUUACUAUGCGCUUGGAUCACAAGUUUCAGUGCGCUCAGCCUUCGAGAGUGCUCAGCAAGUUCUUCGGGUUGAUCCCGACCCCAAGGUGAAGGCCAGUGCUGACAUGUUUGUCCUCUUUGGCCAACAUGCUGCUCGCUCUCAGACGCUGCCUCGUAGACCAAUGCAAGUUCACGAGUCAGCAGAUGGUCAGUCUGGCUUGCGGUCCGAGAGUUGGGAUUUGGGCGCGUCAGGUUGCCUGCCACCGCGCGUGGAAGACUAUAUUGACAGAAGUUCUGUGUUGUGCGAUAUUUUGCGAAACUUUGAAUCGAGCAGUGGAAAACCCGCUCGAAGAGCAUGCAUUCUUUCUGGCCCCGAGGGGAUUGGCAAAACUGUUGCCGCAAUUGAACUUGCCCACUUUGCUUCUUCACCUGGGCGUAUAUUUUCAAGGAAUGUGCUAUAUGUCUCUAUUGACGGAAGGCCAGACUUGGCAAAUGUGAUUCAAGGAAUUUCGCAGUCUCUUGUAUCCCGACAGCUGCUGGCAAAUGCCUCUCGAAGUCAGAAGGAUGUCUUGUUGGCUUUGCAGCAGAUUGAUCAGACCAGGAGCCGCUACCUGCUGCUUCUGGACGACCAUUCUGGGGCAGUACGUGCGAGCCCACAAGUGCAAAGCCUUUUGAGCAAUAUGCUGGAGACAGUGAGGAAUUUAAGUCUAGUAGUUUGCUCCAGAGAUCAUGUGUACGAGUCCCUUGGCCCUUGCAAGUGUGUCAACGUGCCAUUGGGAGCAUUGACCGAUGCACAGUCUGCGGAGCUCUUCCUAAAACGUAUUCACCGCCCGCUGCGACCAUGUGACCUGGAUCAUGGUGCACAAAGCCAGGGCAAUUUGACCAAGACCGAAGGGAUCCUGCAGAAGUUGGCAAAGCACCCCGUGCUGCGGCAGAUUGGGGGCAAUCCAGGACAGGUCAAUGCAAUUUGUCAACGUGUGACUCCGCAACUCAAAUCUCUCUGGGACCUGUGCUCAACUCAGUGGCAACGACUGGAGUCAGUGACUACUAGUGUGGUGCGCAGCAUGUCGUUUGAUUUUGAGACCAGAAACCCAAACAUCCAGAACGAGUCUCGUCUCAUGCGACGAAUGUCUGAUGAUUUGGAUGAACAUCAAUCUUCACUGCAGCUGACGAGGAAAAUGUCAAUUGAUGGAGUUCACGCAGAGCCACUGGUGCGAAUGAUGUCUUUGGAUGGAGCACCGCUGGCGAGGAUGAUGUCCGUUGAUGAAACCCAGGCCACGGAGAACGGUAUCGACCAGUUCUAGGUGUCAGUUUGUCGAAGCGCGCCACAUGGGCUUGUCUCGAAAUGGGGGAUAGCCCGCAAAACCACA